AUGUACGCCUACGACACUGACAAGAACAUGUUUGCGAGGCGGCAAGAUCUUGGCUGUAUAUGGUAUCCACUUCAACCACCAUAUGUCCGGCUACCGCCAGGGCCGCACGCUCUGGAUGGCCCCAGCUUCUUCUCCGUCGAGGAGAGGCUCAUUCACGGGGCCGACGCGGAUGCUGAGGCACCCUUCUUGGUGGACAUUGGCGGCAGCAUCGGCCACGACCUGGCUGAGUUCCACUCCUACUAUCCCAGCGCGCCGGGCAAGCUCAUUCUGCAGGAUCUUCCAGUCGUUAUUGGUCAGAUUCAAGAGCUGAAACCGGCUAUUACACCCAUGGUUCAUGACUUUGAACAUCGACGGGAUCGCUUCCGUUGA